AUGAAGCUCGUUGCUGUCGUUGCAGCCUCUCUUGCCGGCUUUUCCGGCUUCGCCGCCGCCCAGAGCGGGCUUGCUGAGUGCGCACAAAAAUGCGUGAACCAGUAUACGACCUCCACCACCAUCGCUGGCUGCAAGCAGCUCGACGCGAAGUGCAUCUGCGAGAACUCUAACUUCCUUGACGGCAUCGCCUGCUGUCUAGCCGAUGGCUGCACCAAGGCCGAACAGGAGGCUGCCGUCAAGUACGCGAAAGAUAUCUGCACUGGUGCCGGCGUCUCUGUGCCCGACCAAGUGACGUGCAAGAGCGCAACGCCCUCCGGCGGAGCGCAGCCCAGCGGUGCCAAUCAGACCAGCUCUGCCGGUCAGACCGGUUCCGCCAGCCAGACUGCGGCGCCUGCUGCUACGAAUACACCCAACGCCGGUUCAACAAUGGGCUCGGCUGGUCUCCUGGGAGGUCUUGUUGCUGUUCUGGCUGCGCUCUGA